CACGAAUAAUAAUACUUGUUAUACAAUUGAAUAUUUUUAAUCAAAAAAUAAAUAAAAUACAAUUGAACAUUUCGGAAGAGAAUGGAAUGAGGCGAGAAGCCCAAUUUCCCAGAUGAAAAGAAAACAGCGGGCCCAGCCCAAUUACCCAACAUCUUUUGAUCAGAGUAGCACAGAAACCGUCGGAUUCUGAAUCAACGGCCGAGAUUUCUGGAUUUAAUAUUUUAUUUUGUCUGCCAUGCCAGCGAGUUUUCCCCAGUCACUCGUCGCAGCAAUUCACAAUCUUCGUCGUUUCAUUUUUGAUCCUCGUAGCGGUGGACCAACCAAAUAUAUUUGUUUCUGUAUAAGCUCCCUCUCUCUUCAUCGCGCUUUGUAUCUGGAAAAACUACUUAGGUUGUGAAGAUGAGCAAAGGACCAGGUCUUUUCUCCGAUAUUGGCAAGAAAGCCAAAGAUCUGUUGACUAAGGACUACAUCUCCGAUCAGAAGUUGUCUAUUUCCACCACCAGCUACACCGGUGUGGCCCUCACCUCAACUGCAGUGAAAAAAGGAGGGCUUUCAACUGGAGACGUUGCCACACAGUACAAAUACAAUAAUAUUUUGUUCGAUGUCAAAGUUGACACAGCAUCCAAUGUUUCAACUACAUUUACUUUCGCGGAUAUUAUCCCAUCAUCAAAAACCAUUGCUUCUCUGAAAUUUCCAGAGUACAACACCAGCAAGAUCGAGGUCCAGUACUUCCAUCCUCAUGCAACUCUUACUACUGCAGCUGCUCUGAACCAGUCCCCUGCAGUUGAUCUCUCGGUCACACUUGGUACCCCGACAUUUGCUUUGGGUGCAGAGGCAAGUUAUGAGACUUCGACGGGCAAAUUAACCAAGUACAAUGCUGGGAUUGCUGUGACAAAGCCGGAAUCUUGUGCUUCAAUAAUUUUAGGAGACAAAGGUGACACCAUUAAAGCAUCCUAUGUUCACCACCUGGAUCAAUUGAAGAGGAGUGCUGCAGUCGCAGAGAUUACUAGAAGGUUCUCCACAAAUGAGAACACGUUCACGGUUGGAGGAUCUUAUGCUGUUGAUCCCUUUACUACAGUGAAGAUGAGGCUUAACAAUCAUGGGAACUUGGGAACCCUUUUGCAGCAUCAGCUCUUGUCCAAAUCGAUUCUGACUAUUUCGAGUGAAUUUGAUACCAAAGCAUUGGAGAAAACACCCAAGUUCGGUGUGGCCCUAGCUCUCAAGCCUUAAAAGAGGGCAUUUUCUGAUUUCUUGUUCUUCUACAGGAAAAACUCCAGAUUUUGCAUUUUUGGGUAGCGCUGGAAGCUAGCGAGUACCAAAUAAAGAGUCCCACAUAUUCUUCCUAGGUCUUGUACUGUUGAUUGGUUUUUCAGUUAUACCUGAGCAGCUGAUGCUACUUUUCUAGCUUUUCAUUUCUUUUCAAUGUUCGUGCUUGGGCAUUUUGAGAUCCGAAGAUGUUAUUUGGUCGAACAGAGUAUCCCAUCUUCUGGGUGACGCGAUUCUUUUUGUGAAGUAAUUCUAUGGUAUUCGUUUGUAGCAGGUGUGCACACGGUUUCCUGCCUUUCUUCAUUGGGCAAUUGACUUAUCGUAAUGUUGUGUCAUUGAUUUUUGAGAUUACAUUUAACUGCAAGAAUCUUGUUACUUCAUUGAUUUUUGAAAGAAACUAUCAGCCAUGCUUUUGAGGGAAAAAGAAAAAAUCAAAACGUUAUUCAGGAACUCCCUAACUCG